AUCAUAAACAGCGGCUCUCGCCUCUCCGCCGCCCCGACGCCUCUCCGCCUCCCGCUGCACCGCGAAGAGCUCACACCUCGGCACAGUCUGCUCCACACACACACACACACACACACACACACCGUCCGACUGUCCCCCGAUCACAACCGACGCGUCCAGGGCAGGAUGGCCGCGCAGCACCCAGAGUUCGAGCGGGCCGGACAGAAGCCGGGCCUCCAGGUGUGGAGGGUGGAGAACUUCGACCUGGUGCCCGUGCCGGAGAACCUGUACGGGGGAUUUUACACGGGGGACGCCUACCUCCUCCUCAACACCAUCAAGCAGCGCUCCGGCAACCUGCAGUACGACCUGCACUUCUGGCUCGGUGAUUUGUGCAGCCAGGAUGAGAGGGGCUCGGCGGCCAUCUUCACGGUCCAGAUGGACGACUUCCUCGGGGGCAAACCAAUCCAGUACCGCGAGGUGCAGGGACACGAGUCCAAAACCUUCCUGGGCUACUUCAAGUCCGGACUCAAGUACAUGAAAGGGGGCGUGGCAUCUGGGUUCAAGCACGUCGUCACCAACGAGGUGUCUGUGCAGCGGGUGCUCCAGGUCAAAGGUCGGCGUUCCGUCAGGGCCACAGAGGUGGCGGUGAGCUGGGACAGCUUCAACCAGGGAGACUGCUUCAUCCUGGACCUGGGAGACGAGAUUUUCCAGUGGUGCGGCUCCCAGAGCAACCGCUUCGAGAAGCUGAAGGCGAUGCAGGUCGCCAAGGGUAUCCGUGACAACGAGCGCUGCGGCAGGGCGCGGUUGUACGUCUGCGACGAGGGGAUGGAGAGAGAGAAGAUGAUCGAGGUUCUGGGCGAGAAACCGGAUCUGCCCGCCGGAGACGCGGACGACAUCAAGGCCGACGCCUCGAACAGGAAGCGGGCCAAACUCUACAAGGUGUCCAACGCCAGCGGCGGCAUGACCAUCGCACUGGUGGCCGCGGAGAACCCCUUCGCCCAGAGCGCGCUGGAGUCCGGCGACUGCUUCAUCCUGGACCACGGCUCCGACGGCAAGAUCUUCGUCUGGAAAGGCAAAGACGCCAAUAUGGACGAGCGGAAGGCGUCGAUGAAGGCGGCCGACGAGUUCAUCAAGAAGAUGGGCUACCCCAAGCACACGCAGGUGCAGAUCCUGCCGGAGAUGGGCGAGACGCCGCUCUUCAAGCAGUUCUUCAAGAACUGGCGGGACCGGGACCAGACGCAGGGCCUGGGCGUCGCCUACAUCGCCAACAGCAUCGCCAAGAUCGAGAAGGUGCCGUUCGACGCCGCCGGCCUGCACGACUCGGACGCCAUGGCCGCGCAGCACGGCAUGGUGGACGACGGCAGCGGGGAGAAGCAGAUCUGGCGUAUCGAGGGAUCCGACAAGGUGCCGGUGGAUGCGUCCACAUACGGACAGUUCUACGGCGGGGACAGCUACAUCAUCCUGUACAACUACCAUCACGGAGGACGCCAGGGACACAUCAUCUACAUGUGGCAGGGGACGGACUCCAGUCAGGACGAGAUCGGGGCCUCGGCGAUCCUCGGGGCCCAGCUGGACGAGGAGCUCGGCGGCGGUCCCGUCCAGGUUGUCGGCGCUCCUAUAACCACUCAGGUGAGGGUGGUGCAGGGGAAGGAGCCGGCCCACCUGAUGAGUCUGUUCAAUGGGCAGCCCAUGGUGGUGUACAAGGGCGGCACGUCCAGAGACGGAGGUCAGUCCGCUCCGGCCGAGAGUCGACUCUUCCAGGUGCGGUCCAACUCUGCAGGACACACCAGAGCCGUGGAGCUUGACGCCGCGGCGUCAAACCUGAACUCCAACGACGCGUUCAUCCUGGUGACGCCCGGCGACUCCUUCAUGUGGGUGGGAGUGGGCGCCAGUGACACGGAGAAGCAGGGCGCCCAGCAGCUGUGCAACAUCCUGGGAGCGUCGGCCUCCGAGCUGUCGGAGGGAGGAGAGACUGAUCAGUUCUGGGAGGCCCUGGGAGGAAAGACGGCGUACCGCACGUCGACCAGACUCAAGGACAAGAUGGACGCCCAUCCACCCAGACUCUUCGCCUGCUCCAACAAGACUGGAAACUUCAUCAUUGAGGAGGUGCCCGGGGAGAUGACCCAGGACGACCUCGCCACCGACGACGUCAUGAUCCUCGACACCUGGGAGCAGGUGUUUGUCUGGAUCGGAAACGAGGCCCAAGAGGAGGAGAAGACUGAAGCCAUGCCAUCUGCCGUCCGCUACAUCGAGACGGACCCGGCCAACAGGGACCGCAGGACGCCCAUCGUCAAGAUCAAGCAGGGCUUCGAGCCGCCCACCUUCACCGGCUGGUUCCUGGGCUGGGACCACGACUACUGGACCAGCAACCCUCUGGAGCGCGCCAUGGCCGAGCUGGCCCUCUGAGCUCCCGGACCCCCCGCCCCCAAUCGGCCCUUUGUCUCCCUGUUGCCACCACAAUCAUUAAGACUUUUCCAGCUGCCAAUGCAAAUAAGUCAUUUUUUAAAAAAACGUUAUGUUUUAAAGAGUUUUCAUCCACUUUGUCUUGCAUGCUAGAGUGAUGGCCUCACUCCUUAGGGAACCAGCCAAUAGAAGUAGAGCUUUAACAGAUGCACAGACUUCCUGUAGGGUUUUGCACUAUGAAACUUUCUGCUGAGUUUUUCUCAUUUAUUUCAUAUUUUUCCAGUAGAAAUAAGAGUUCGAAGCUUUUGCAACAUUAAAAAACACACUGCCAAAUUAACACCGCUCAUUAAAAGCAAUACAACCAAUGCCUUAACAUUCUUUCCUCUAGUUUUACAGUUCACCUGGUUAACCUAGGAAGGUACUGAUCUGGUUGAAGGAUGCCUUUACAGUUAAGAUGUCUCUUAUAUUUAUUUUUUAUUAAAAUGACAGAGUUGUGCCCAGGAAGCUGUGUGUGAUGCUGCAACUUUUUAAGGGGAAACCGAUGCUUCGCCGCUUCAAAAACCCAUUCACGUCUCCCUUGACACUUCCUCUGAGGUUUUCCCAAAGCCUUGUGGUUAUCGUUUCAAUAAAACCAAAUUAAAACAC